AACCGCAUUUUGCCUUUUUUGUCGCUUUUCUUCUUUGUAUUUCUUUGGAGAAGAAGCAGAGCCCUGUGCUAGCUUGUUGCUGGCUAGUAUAGAGGGUCCUGUGAGAAUAAUGUAACGUUAUAGCUAACAAGCUUGCACAGAUAAAUAGAUACGGGUGGAGACAUUAGGAGUGUUUUUAUUUAUAAUUUCUGACAAUUAAAUCUCUAGAAAUGGUUCAAAACUUGAAUGAAAAGACGAGCACAAACUGACGGAGUCUGAUGUUCUGAGCCAUCGAUGAAUCGGACACAUUAAAGACCCAUGGCAAAGUGGCUGAAAGAUUACUUGAAUUUUGGCAGCAGGAAAGGACCUCCGCAGCCGCCCAAGCCCGAUUACACAGAGAGCGAGAUACUUCGUGCGUACCGUGCCCAGAAGGAGCUGGACUUUGAAGACCCGUAUGAACCCUCAAAUCGAGCAAAUAAUGGCUCGGGGACCACUGACCCAUUUCCUGCAUUCGGAACGGUUCUGCCCAACGGCAUGGAGGUCAAGAUCGUCUCUCCUAAGCACAGACUGAUAAAAGUGGAAUCUCAGGAAUUCAACCGCUGUAAGGUCCCACUAGGCAUCGUCUCAUUCGAGGAGCCUCAUGUCCCUGUUGUUCCAUCCGCUCCAGCAGUGGGAGACACCGAUUAUUCAGACCCCUUCGAUGCUCGUCCUGACCCACGAGCCCAUCUCAGCUGGGAGUCUGGUUCUGUAGAAAACAGCAGCAGCUACAUGGAACCAUUCGAGGCCCAGAGAGUCAUCACGGAGCUGCAGCACGGCUCGGAGCACGGCCGCACUGUCUCUCGGGGAAGCCCACAGCUCUACGACAGUCCAUAUGAAGAACACAGACACUACAAGACCGGUUUCCCAGAUGACGAGAGGGAGAGCCGUUUGCCCCAGGACGACGAGAGGCCUGCAGAUGAGUAUGACCAGCCCUGGGAGUGGAAGAAGGAAAACAUCUCCAAGGCAUUAGCUGUACAGUUUGAUGGUGGUGAUUGGGAGCGCUCCACACUGCCCCACACGGACCAGCACAGGAGAACUGGAGCGUCCAGAACCAGUCCUCCAUCCAGCAAGGUCACCAGUCUACACAAACCCAGUGACCUCCACACUGUCCUGGGGGAGAGGGUGGACCCUGUAUUACCUCUGGAACAACAAGUGUGGUACCAUGGUGCACUGACGCGCUCUGAUGCUGAGAGUCUGCUGACGCUGUGUAAAGAAUGCAGUUACCUGGUGAGGAACAGUCAGACAAGCAGAAACGACUACUCUCUCUCCCUCAGGAGCUGUCAUGGCUUCAUGCAUAUGAAGUUCUCUCAGUCACGCGACGGGAAAUACAUCCUCGGCGAGAACAGCCCCCCCUUCGACACAAUUCCAGAGGUCAUCCACUACUACACCACCCACAAGCUACCCAUCCGGGGUGCAGAACACCUCUCUCUGCUCUUUCCUGUGGUGGUCCAGACACUCUGAGAACAUGCACAGCUGCACACUGGCCCACACACACACACACAGACACAGGCCUGGACUUCUUUUUGCUUAGGGCGCGCACACACACACACGUUCAUACAUAUAUAUAUACACUCAGGGUCUAAUCUUGGUCAGCUUGCAGUAGCGCUUUGUAUUUGAUGAAAUGUGUAGUUUUAUGUGUGGAUUUUAAUAAUGGCUACCAAUGAUCUUUCAUGAAUUGGGUUGAAAAUGCUCUGAAUCACAGUUUGGAGUGUCGCUGAUCUGAAGGCUGGAAUUUAAAUGAAUAUUAUUGUGAGGGCUGAAAUGAUGCUGUAGGUUAUUUGAAGAUGUUUGACACUACACACUUCCCCAUGCUUCUCAUACCCUUUACACUAUGUGACUUGCACAAAACUGUGGUAUAGAAUGGCUUUCAUGUAGUGCAUUGCUUGCCUUUAUAACUAGUACUCUAUUAGGCGGUUUUUGGAAGGGCCUCAACACUAUAACAGAGUUUCCAUAAACAAUAGAAGUAUGGAAUCCAUUUCUGCUGUGCUCUAUAAGAAAUGCCUUUGCUAAACUGACACACUGAUAUCAAUAUGUCCUAUUCUCCAUCAAGCUGUAGAUCCUCGUACUGUACCUUCCAUAUCUCUGCUGUAGGCAACAACAGGACCUGAUCCUGAUACCUGAUGAAUAUUAAGAUAUCAGUAAUUAGGGAUGCAUCAAUUCUGAUACUCGUACUCAUAAGUGCUCCGAUACCACGUGAAACUAUGUAACGUAAGCUUAGUGUACAAAAUGACAGCAGUCUGGAGGUAUUUCACAAACAAAACAUGAAAAACUGUGUUCUGUGAAAACAUCAAGAGAAGGUACUACAACAGCUUCCUACAAUACAAGUAAUACGAUAAAGCAUCUUAUUACAUUUAAACAGUAUCUUUAAUGGAAAGUGUAAGGAUGGCGUAGCAGUUUCAGUGAGCAGUGAGCUCAAGGUACUGUAAGUUGCAGACACACAAGCAGGUGAGCGUGCAGAGAAAUUUUCAGCACUUCAGUUCAGCGAGCACUGAGACACACACGUUUCCUUUCCACUCGCUCCCCUUACGAGUUAAGGUGCACAGCAUUUUUAAUGAGUACCCUCGCUGAUACUGCUCUGUACAUCAGAUACUGUUUAAACACCGUAUAUAAAACUCAUCACUAGGAGCUAACUGUUAGCUAACUGUUAGGAACAGCAACCAACAUGAUGUUUCAUGAUGCCCCUGAUGGCAAAGUACUAAGUAGGUUACUCAUUUCAGUAUAGUAUUGGUAUAGAUGAGUACAGAAAACAUGUACUCCUAAUCUGGAAAAGUGGUAUUGAUGCAUCCCUAUCAAUAAUUAUAGAAGACAUAGGUAUUUAAAUAACAAGCUUGGCCAAAUCAAGUUGCAUAUAUAGUAAUAUAUGAAUGCCAAUAUUCCAUUUGUCUUUUGGAGUUUUUGCAGCCUCUGUGGAUUUCUGAUAAUGGGCGAAUGAGACAUACUGUUAAAGGAAACCAGGCAACAGCUGUGGAACGUAUGGAAUGUCUUUCCCUGGCACGGCUGAGCAGCUAAACACAUUGCUGCUUGUUCCGGAGGCAGUGACUCAGGCGUGAGUUUAGAGAGAGGUGAAAAUUGGAAGAAAAAUCUUCACCUCUCCAGAGCUGAGAACCACUCGGUUGCGCAUGCCCUCUGUACGCCAACAGUUUCUAUUCUUUUUGGCAGGAGAAAGGAAGCCACCAUUUCCGCAGGGCGGCACUUCAUCAGCGGUUGCCGUUCACAGCUAGAAAGGUCACACUUACACUGUUAGAAACUACUGAACCCAUGAGCACCAUUAACACUUCCUUUGUUGUGAUUGUACGGUUUACAUUUUAGUUGAAUCUCUUUGUAAAUAGAAGCAAUAGAAACAAUUUUGAAGUGAUGAGGGCAUGUGUACAAAUACACCAUUAUGAGAUUCACCUUGAGUAUUAUUCAUUCCUCCUUAUCUGACGCUGUUUCCCAUUGGGUGAGACUAAGCUUUAUUUUAGUUGUGUUUAAACGUAGGUUACAUCUGAAUAUUUUUCACAGAGAAGAUUGAUAUGUUUUUGGUGAGGUGUUUUGUGUUAAAGUCAGUUCAGGCUUCAGACUGAAAAAAGUAAAAAGCUGACAUGAAAUCUGUUGUAGAAAUUCAGUAUUUAUACCUAUAACACGUUUCAUUGAUUGAGAUGAUUUUCCAUUUGUCAAUCACAUCACACAAGUCCUCACAGCUGUGUAGUUAAAGGGAUAGAUCAAUGUUUUUAAACCUAAUCUCCGUCUACUGCAUGUGUAGUGUGUCUGCCAUUAAUUAUAGGCAAGAAUUUCGACACGCAUCCCUGCAUCGAGAGAAGAACAGAAAACUUGUUUACUCAGAACUUCUAUAUAAUAGAAGUCAAAGGGCAGCCGUUGAACUCAAUUGAUAAACUGUAUAAAGCAAAUUCUGAACUACAACCAUUACACACUAACAGUAAAGGUCCUGUGAUGCCAAAAUUCUUCUUAUGACCUUUUAUCCACCAUGUAUACAGUAAAGAGUCAUUUCUGUUUACUUAACACUUUCCCAAAAUGCAUUGCAUUAGAUAGUCUUAUGAAAGAACGAAUAUGAACUUGGCAUUAUUUAAAGCAAUACUGCAAAAGCAAGUGUACGGUUAUACCAAAUAUCAUCACGGCUGUCAUUUGCCGCAGACACAAGCCCACAGGGCGGAGUGGGAUAACAAACAGUUAUCAAUUCCCCCAACAACUGCCCUUAGACAUCCAUUACAAGUUAGCUUUGACUAAACUUUUCCGUUCUGUCGUGUGUCAAAAAUUAUCGUCUGGUGUAUGGCAAUUGCACAUAGUCUACAGAUGCAAUAAAAGAAGAUUACGUUGAAAAACACUGGAGUAUACCUUUAAGCUGUUAGACCUAUGGCACACGCUAGCAUUAUCACAAGAUUUACUCUGUUGCAGAGUGUAAUAUUAGAGAACUACACUGUAGUUGUGCUUGAUUAUGAUGACUGACUACUUUUACUGACUUUCUGUACUUUGUUUCUUUGGAAUAAAAUAAGCUUUUUUAAAGAUAAA